GAUCUCGUUCUGUUUCCCAGCUGCCGCUAAUGAGCCCCUUCCUCUCCCACUUCCCCCACCUGGAGCCCUCCGCUCUCUGGAUUGCGGUGGCUGGGUGAAAAGCGGCCCUGGUGAGGUGUCGAACUGAAGCGUUUAGGCACGGAUUCAACCACGCAAGUGGCCUCCGGAGAUGCUCUGACCACCUCCCUUACCUUUACCUACUUUUGGAAUAGAGGAUGGCAUUCCCUGUGGAUAUGCUGGAUAAUUGCAGUCAUGAGGAACUGGAAAAUUCUGCUGAAGAUUACAUGUCAGAUCUAAGGUGUGGGGACCCUGAAAAUCCUGACUGUUUUUCUCUUCUCAAUAUUACGAUUCCUAUUAGCCUCUCAAAUGUAGGCUUUGUACCUCUUUAUGGUGGAUAUCAGACUCAGAAAAUUCUUGCUCUUUUUGCACCUGAGGACUCACUCACAGCUGUGGCAUUUUACCUUGCUGAUCAGUGGUGGGCUAUUGAUGAUAUUGUGAAAACAUCUGUCCCUUCCAGAGAGGGGCUUAAGCAGGUGAGAACUCUUGGGGAGAGAGUGGUUCUGUAUGUUCUGAAUCGAAUUAUUUAUAGAAAACAGGAAAUGGAGAGAAAUGAGAUACCAUUCCUGUGUCAUAGCGGUACUGAUUAUGCUAAGAUUCUGUGGAAGAGAGGAGAGGCCAUUGGGUUUUAUUCAGUUAAGCCUACAGGAAGCAUAUGUGCCUCAUUUCUUACCCAAAGCUACCAGCUGCCAGUUCUUGAUACAAUGUUUAUAAGAAAGAAAUAUCGAGGCAAGGAUUUUGGGCUUCAUAUGCUAGAGGACUUUGUUGAUUCCUUUACAGAAGAUGCACUUGGCUUGCGAUAUCCUCUGUCCUCUCUCAUGUACACAGCUUGCAAGGAAUACUUUGAAAAGUAUCCAGGAGACAAUGAGCUCCUUUGGGAAGUUGAAGGUGUUGGACACUGGUACCAGCGAAUACCAGUCACCAGAGCAUUACAGAGAGAAACACUUAAACUUACAGCAAUUUCUCAGAAUGAAGCUAAAAGACCCGUGUGUGGAGAAUAUGGUCUUGCAUCUGUUCCAGAAUAUGAAGCAGGAACUGAAGACAAUGAGUCUAGUGAGAUGCAGCUAACUAUUGAUUCUCUAAAAGAUGCCUUUGCAAGUACUUCUGAAGGUCACGAUAAAACACCUGUUUCCACUCGUACUCGAAGUAGUCAUCUGAAACGGCCAAAGAUUGGAAAGCGGUUUCAGGAUUCUGAAUUUAGUAGUUCUCAAGGGGAAGAUGAAAAGACUGCUCAGACUUCACCUACAGCUUCAAUAAACAAACUGGAGUUUGCUGCACGCACAUCAGAGAGCUCCGAAGAGCUUCUGGAAGAAGAACCUGAACAGAGUGUGAUUGAAUUUGAGGAUGAAAGUGUUGAUAAGGAUGCUCGGCCUACACCAGAAACCCAGACAUGUCUAGAAAAGCAAGAUGGUGAAAAGGAAUCUGAAUUAGAACCUAUGAACGGUGAGAUAAUGGAUGAUACUCCUAAGACUUCACUUAUAACUGAAGAGGAGGACUCCACUAGUGAAGUUUUAGAUGACGAAUUAAAAUUGCAAUCUCUUAAUUCCAGCGAAGACUCUAUGAAUCUUGUUCCACUGGUGGUAGAAUCUUCAAAACCCCCUGAGACUGUUGCACAGGAUAAGACCUUACAUGUAACUGACUCAGAAAUGUUGCUAGAUGAAGGCCCAUCUGAUGAAAAGGGGCACCCUGAAGAGAAACUGCCAAUGGCUUCAAGAAAGAAAGCCCAUUUUGGGAGUUCAGACAGUGUUGCUACUAUCCCAAAUGAAGAACGAUCUGACAGUGGUUUUCCAAACUCUGUGAUAGCUGAAUUCUCUGAAGAAUCAAUCUCUGAAAAUUUAUCACCCAAUACUACUUCCUCAUUAGAAGACCAGGGUGAGGAGGGGGUACCUGAGCCCCAGGAAACAUCUACAGCUCUUCCCCAGAGUUCUUUGAUUGAAGUUGAACUUGAAGAUGUACCAUUUUCACAGAAUGCAGGACAGAAAAACCAGUCAGAGGAGCAGUCUGAAGCCUCUUCUGAGCAGCUGGAUCAGUUCACACAGUCAGCAGAAAAAACUGCAGAUAGCAGCUCAGAGGAAAUAGAAGUGGAGGUGCCUGUUGUAGACAGGAGGAAUUUAAGAAGAAAGGCUAAAGGGCAUAAAGGGCCUGCUAAGAAGAAAGCCAAGCUGACCUGAAGAAGAAAGGGAGAUGAUAAAUCCUCUUCUUUGUAACAUAAUUGUUGUUUUUAAAAUAUAAUAAAUAGCAUGGGGCACAGGGCAAAAAUUCCAAAAUUUCAAUUUGAACUUAUGAUGCCAGUUUUCCUUCCCCGUUUAGGACCUAGGAUUCACCAUUCUUUUUUAUUUUUCAGGCUGUUUUGUGUAAAUACAAUUUUUUAUUUUUAUUAACCAUAUUUCGAUUUUGGGAAACCAGAUCAUACUAUAUUUUCUUUAGUAGUUGGGGACAUCUGACCAUUAAUAUUUCAGAAGAUUAAAAAACUGAAAGUAGUAGGCUUUCCAUUACUUGUAAGGAUCACAGAAAUCUUUUAUACUAAGGGUUUUAAUAGUAAACUUGGUGAGAGUUCUAGAAAUUUUAUCUUAAAUAUCAAAACAAAUGGCCAUUUUUUUAAAUGUAGGCAUGCUUAAACAAAAACCAGUAAGUUAGAAUAAAUAUACUUCAACUGAGAGCACAAAUAUGGCAAGUUAUGGUCAAAGGUUUAUGAAAGUGGUAUUCUGGCCUCUUAAUUCUUAGCUGUAUAGUUACGGUUUCUUCCUUUGACUUCAAUGUCUGGUUAAAGGUACAAAAGGUACAAAAUCUAUUUCCAACUCACUCUAUAACAUCUGAUACUAACAGUAUGCUAGAGAUUUACCUCUGGCCUGUGGCACUAAUAGAAUUAUUUUAAAAAUUACAUUUGAAGCAGGGUACUACACUUUUGUCCUCACUCAAUUAACAUGUAUACUUCAGAAGUGUGAAAACUUCAGAAGUGUUACGAGUUUUCCUUAAUCUUGCUACUGCCUUUAUUCUAAAAUCUUAUUUAUAUUCCCCUCAGGUUUCAUCCACUUCCCUAACUCAUAAGAGUGAUUCUUGUCAAAAGAUCUGCCUGCCUGCCUGCCUUCCUGCCAGCUUAUGUCCUUGGCAUCCAUUUUUGGGUAGGUUUGGAACUGUGCCCCCACAAUCUUAGACCUAGAUGGCAGGAAUAACUCUGCCCUAGAUGCUGUAGUUAAAAAAGCUUCAGUCAAAUUGGAGGCUUUGGUUGUCCCUUUUGUCUUGUUCAUCUUAUUUGUUCUGUGAGCACAGGCUAUGAGCUAGUCUUGUGUGUGUGCAUUGUGUUGCCUUAGCAAAGGCCUUAGUCUAGAAAAACUUAAAAAAAAAAUCCCUCUAUUGCUUAUUUUUGUGAUUUAUUAAAAAAUGAACAAAAUUGUUAUUCUUUGACUCCAAAGAGAAUCUUGAAACAGUCCUUCUCUUUUUGUGUGUAUUCAGAUUUGCAUAUAAAUCAGAGAAUGCUUUGAGACCAUUUAGAAUGUUAUAAAACAGCUUGGUUCUUACAUGAGAAAACAUUUUACAACUUUGUGUCAUUAUUUGAGGUGCUAAGGAUUGAGGUUGAAGGUUUUUUUGUCUACAGUCAGGUAAUGUCAUUGAAUUUCAUUUUGUGAUGCUGAUAUUUUAGAAAGAUCUAAUAAAUUGAGUUAAAUAUUUGAAUAGGCAAAAUAGCAAACUCUCUUAUUCAUGUACUUGUAUCCUUUACAUUUUCUUUAUUGGUUAUUUCACCUUUAUUCACAUUUCACUUCAAAUGAAAACACUUCAACCAUUUUCUCAACAAAUGCUAAUUAAGUGAAAGUAAUACUAGUUUAUCUAGCAAAUGUUUAUGCAGCUUUCUGUAUUUUGUGAGAAACUUUUGUUAAUACCACAAUUGGGGAAAUAAAGAUUUAGCAUAUUCUUAACCUUUCCAUUUUUAAUUUCUUAAGAUUAAAAAACCUAAAGCUAACACUUUUUACUUGGAUGGUUCAUUGUUCUCUUAAAAUACUUUAUAAAGGUGCAGUUUGAGAAGACUGAGCUUACUGACAAUUCUUGAUGUGUGAAUAUAGUUGCUGAGUUCACAAAAAAGGUUUAUUUAUUCAUAUAUGAUCACUGGGGACAAACAGUAUAAACUUAUACUAGUUAAACCUGUUAGUUUAUUCUUAAACAGGAAGAGCAUUUUGAACACUUUUAAAGCUUCUUGUUCAGCUCACAAAACUUUAGUUACGUAUCAGUUCUGACAAAAAAUAUUAUUUUGGUAUAGAUGGUAGAGGAGAAAAUGUUAGGUUACAUGGAAAAACCUGACUUUCAUGUUCAGUAAAUGAGUUCUAUACUUAGUGUAGAAUUUACAACAAAAUUUAUCCUCAAAAGAAAUCUAAAUAAAACUCAGAUACUCAUAGUUUUUUACAAGAAAUUGAAAGGACUCAUAAUUAGAGGACUGAAAUCUGAUUUCAGUCAGUCUAGUUGUUGAGCGUCCAGUCAUAUUCUACAGUCCUUUGUGAGCUGCUUUUUUAUUUAGAAGUCUUAUUUAUGGAGAAGGGAAUUCACUUCAGUUUGUGUAAAUAAGUAUGUAUUUCCUUGUGUAAUAUAAAGCAGUUAUUGGCUAAAUUUUAGUUCUAUGUUCAAGUUUAUUCAAUUACUAGACAUCACAGAAAUAUAUUUAAGAAUUUAUUAUAGAGCUCCUCUACAACUUUCAAAGGUGAGAGGGUCUAUUAUGAUUUUUUUAUAAAAUCAAAUAGCAUGACAGAAUGUCAGUCUUCUAUUUAAAAUGUGUCUAUAUUCAAUGGUGUUUCCAUUCAGUGCAGAGAAUUAUGGCAAAGAUAACAACUACUAGUGAUGAAUGGUUCAGUUAGCUGACCACCAGAAUACUAUAUAAAAUGGUUUCAGUGACUUUAGAAAGGUAUCUUGGAGGUUUAUGAUUGUAUCAAAUUGAAUCUUUACCUAAUAUCUAAGUGUACUGCUCUUAUGUUCUGCUUUACCCUUAUGGAUUUCCUUCCAAGGUUUGGUCACACCAGCAAACUGAAACAGAUCUUAAUGUAAAUAAUUUAUAUAAACAUUACUCAUCGGUGUAACAGUAUUUUAGAAAUAAAUUUCUGCCUGUAUGUCCACUAGUAGCAAUAUAUUUUAAGGUGUGAUCCAGAUUUUCUUGGGUGUGAUUAAAAAUGUUACUUUCGUUUGUAUACUCAGUAUCAAGCUUUCUUUGUACAAGAUAAUUUGCUUAUUUUUGGUUCUAAAAAAUAAGCAAACCUCAGUUCUGUAGUAUCCAGUGCUUAUCUUUAGUUGAUAUUUUUCUUUCACUUUCCAAAAGUUAAGUCUUUCACACAUUACCCAUUUCUGUUAGUGGCAAAAUUAUUUGUUAAAAUCUAAUUGUAAGAAAGGUUCAGCUUUUGUCAUUCUUAAGUAAUAACACACUGGGUAGUCAUUUCCAAGGACUAGCCUUUCUUUUCCUAAGUAUCUAUGUGUUCUAAGAUUUCUGUUUGUAGAACUUAGAGAAGAUGUUACAUUAUUCAGAAUAGCAAGUCUUACUGAGGUACUCAUGUUUGUUUUCUUGGUAGUUUUUUUAAGUUUAAAAAUAGUCAUUAAACCUCUAUUUUGUGAUUGUU